AUCACAUCAUCAUGUUUUAAGUUAGUGAACUGUGGAGACUGUAUGUAAUAUUAACACUAGUUGUUAUUUCUGUUAACCCUUUCAAGCUUUGUUUGAUUUUAGAACAUGUCUGUUCAAGUGAAAAUGGAACAUCCAGAUGAUCUACUAGAAGUUGUUUCAAAGUUCAGUUACAGUGAUGAUGAGAAUCAGGAUAGUUCGUUCUAUAAUGUUAUGAACCUGACAACAGAAACUGAAUUUCAAAGAGAGAUUGAAUCAGGGUUAGAAAAAACGUGUGAUAAAGAGACCAGUGGGAACAUCUGUGAUGGGAGUCAGUUUCCUGGUUAUUUUAUAAAACAAGAAAAUCACUUUACAGAAGACGUAAAAUCCGAAACUAACAAUAUUAGUGGAGAAACAAAGUUAAGUGGAAAUAACCUUAAAGCAUCUAACAAACAUCGGUGUGAUGAUAAACUAUACAGUUGUGGAAAAACAUUUGAUAACAUAACAUAACAAAAGAAGAAGUAUUCUGGAGAGAAACCGCAUCAUUGUGUAGUUUGU